GGUCACUGGAGAGGUACUGCACUGACAGCAAUGGCAGCCACGGCGUUGGCGGUGCGCUCGCGGAUCGGCGCGUGGAGUGUCUGGGCCAUGCAAAGCCGAGGCUUCAGCUCUGAUACGCCAGAGGGUGUCCGCUCCGGUGCGGGUGCAGUCCGGGACGCCGGUGGAGCCUUCGGAAAGAAAGAGCAGGCUGAUGAGGAACGAUACUUCCGAGCUCGGGCUAGAGAACAACUGGCAGCCUUGAAGAAACAUCAUGAAAAUGAGAUCUCUCAUCACGUGAAGGAGAUUGAGCGCCUGCAGAAAGAAAUUGAGCGGCACAAGCAGUCAAUCAAGAAACUGAAAAAUGAUGAUGAUGAUUAAGUGCACACAGUUACCCAUAAAAUGGGCACCUGUUAUUGCCCACUUCUAUGUAGCCAUCAUUCUGGUUUUAAUUAAUAGCUAUCUGUGUGCUGCCAACAAAUUACAAUAAAUUGUAUCA